CACAACGUGUCGUGAAAACUGUAGUAAAGAUUAACUGACGAACACGUUAUUAAAGCAGUCAAGUUAUUCGUCUUUAAUAUUACUAGCCCUGCGAGAACAUACAUUUAGCAUAAUGUUACAUCCAAGAAUAAUAUGAUCCACCUUUUAAAAGAUAUCUUACAAACCUUAUUAAUUGUCGAUCCGAACAAAGACAUGCCCCCAUCUUUUCUUUGCUUUACGGCUUUUUGAGGGACAAAUAUAGUUGUCAUAUGGUAGUGGUGGAUGUCAACAACAACUCUGCUAGCCACCACAUAGCUUUCUACGCUGUAAAUACAUGUUGUUACUAUUAGCUAUCUAAUACUGCUAUUCGGUCUGUGAUGGAGUUGAGAAACUAGCUCGUAUUUCACCCUGAUGUAGCUAACUAAUGAUUGCAAAACAAUGUAAUUCCUAGCAAGGAAAGAAGAAUCAGGUAGGAAUCAUGGACGAUACCUCACCAAGAACAUCAUCUGGUGGAUCUAGUAAGGGUGGUUUUAACAUAUUUGGUGGAGCGUCGUCCGAAUAUUCGAACAAAGAACUUGCUGGUGUUCCAUUGACUGGUAUGAGCCCCCUCUCACCAUAUCUCAAUGUGGAUCCAAGAUACCUUACACAUGACUCUGACGAUUUCAUUCUACCAACUGGUGCCAACAAAACCAGAGGCAGAUUUGAACUGGCUUUCUUCACCAUUGGAGGUUGUUGUAUUACAGGUGCAGUGUUUGGAGCACUCAAUGGUCUUCGCAUGGGACUGUCAGAAACCAAGGAUAUGGCUUGGUCUAAACCACGCAAUGUACAGGUCCUGAAUCUAAUAACACGACAAGGUGCAACAUGGGCCAACACGCUUGGCUCCUUGGCUCUGUUGUACAGUGUGUUUGGGGUGGCUGUGGAGAAGGCCCGAGGAGCAGAAGAUGACAUCAACACCGUUGCUGCCGGAACCUUGACUGGAAUGCUGUACAAGUCCACAGGUGGUGUCCGCGGGGCAGCAAGAGGGGGACUUGCCGGCCUGGCAUUGUCCGGUAUCUACGCCCUGUAUAACAACUGGGACCACCUGAAGGGAGCCCCUCCCAGUCGUUACUGAGCCCCGCCCUGGAAUACUGAGUGACAGACGUGACAGUAAUGACAAAUACUGUACGUGUUCCUUUGUGGACAUAUCUUCCCCGUACCAUAAUAGUCUGUUCCCUCAUCCUCUGCCUGCGUGGGCAUCUGAGGCCCAGAGAAAUACACUGAAAGGAAAGCGGUUGAGCAGAGGUCUGUAAAUGUUGUGUCAGGCGUGAGGCUCCUGCAUCUCUCCAAUCGAAUGCAGAUGCACAGCUUUUCCCGGGAUUAUAAUGUCUCAAAACGUCACUAAUAAUUGUUGACUGAUUUUUGUGAGAUGUGGACUGGUGUCCUUUAGAUGUCUCAUUCCGGAACAUUCCGCUGCACUGCAUGUGCACUGCAUGUGGUUUUCUCAAAUGUUAAACUGUUAAAUGCUAUUUCAAAGAAAAUAUUUUUCUUGGAGCCAUCAGGGUGGCCUAGUGGUCAACAGCGUUUCGCUGGUUCUAAUCCCAGAGCCUGUACGUCUGACCCUGAGCAAGUCUGAUAGCCCCACUUUUUCCCAGGCUGUUGCUGUAAAUAACUCUGUGUUCUUAACUUACUUACCUGGUAAAUUAAAGGUGAAAAAACAAGGUCACUAAUGGCAAUGCUUUAAGAAAUUUUAAUUAACAAUACCUGAUAAAUGCUGUUAUUAUAUCUAUUUCAUAUCUAGUACUUGAGAAAAUGAAAUUAAAAUAAAUUGCUAUUAAUGUUGAAUUUUCAUAGUGAUGUCUUACCAUCUUGUGAGUUGGCCUGUCGUUCAACAAGUUCGAGGAAAUGGUGUCUAUGAAAUUUCCUAUUAUGAUGGAAGUAAUGUUAUCAUAUUUUUUAUUGCUCAUUAAAAUGCUUGUUAAGUCUU